AUGGCGGCCGAGCAGCGCAAGCUGCUUGAGCAGCUGAUGGGGGACCAGUUCAUGGGAAUGGGCUCUUCCUCCUCCAAAUCGGCGAACCUCACCCUCACUUCGCCCAAUGUUUGCCGUUCAUACCUGGUCGGAACGUGCCCCCACGACCUCUUCACAAACACAAAGCAAGAUCUCGGUCCUUGCCCGAAAGCUCAUCCGGAGAACCUGAAGAUGGAAUACGACGCCCUCUCGCAGGCAGAGAAACAGAAAUACGGAUUCGACUACGACUACAUGAGAGAUAUGCAGAAAUACAUUGAUGAUUGCAAUAGAAGGAUUGACCAAGCGCAACGGCGGUUAGAGAAGACGCCCGAUGAGAUACGGCAGACGAACAACCUCCUCAAACUUAUAUCUGAUCUGACUAAGACAAUAAACACAGGUCUCCUCGAAGUCAGUUGUCUUGCGGAAAUGGGGUCUGUUAGUCUGGCGUGCAGCGAAUUCCACAAAGUCCGAACCGCAAAACUAGCCAAAGAACAAGCCGAGCGGGAUUUGAAGUCGUUAUCAGACACAUCAGGUCCUUCAGGGCACCAAAAACUACAAGUGUGCGACGUCUGUGGCGCAUAUUUGUCCAGACUAGAUAAUGACAGACGAUUGGCCGACCAUUUCUACGGGAAAAUGCACCUGGGAUAUGCGCAGAUGAGGCGGACGCAUGAGACGCUACAGAAAGAAUUGAAGGGACGAGGCCCACCACCAGCCAGGCCGCAGGAAGAGAACACGAGUGGGAGCCCCACUGGACCGAGAGGUUACGACGAUGGAGGAUAUGGCGAUGGUGGCGGAUGGGGUAGAGGUGGUGGAGGAUAUGGUCGAGGAGGCGGCGGUGGCUACGGUAGGGGCGGCGGAGGAUACCGCGGACGAGGAAGGGGUCGGUGGUAG